CUCCAAAAAAAAAAAAAAACCUUGUUAGUAGCAACCAUGUCUGGAAGAGGCAAAGGCGGUAAAGGACUCGGAAAAGGAGGCGCCAAGCGUCACCGUAAAGUUCUGCGCGAUAACAUCCAGGGAAUCACCAAACCCGCCAUCCGUCGUCUCGCUCGCCGUGGCGGUGUCAAGCGCAUCUCCGGUCUGAUCUACGAGGAGACCCGCGGAGUGUUGAAGGUGUUUCUGGAGAACGUCAUCCGCGAUGCCGUCACCUACACCGAGCACGCCAAGAGAAAGACCGUGACCGCCAUGGAUGUUGUGUACGCGCUGAAGCGACAGGGGCGCACUCUGUACGGCUUCGGAGGUUAAACUUCUUCGUUGUACUGAAUGGACCCAACGGCUCUUUUAAGAGCCACCCACGUUUUCAUAAAAAAAGAGUAUGUUUUAAAUUAUGUUGGCUAUUAUUUUAGUAGCCAUACCUCGACUACGCAGUCUGGAAAAGUAUGGGAUUUGAGUAAUUUCCAGGUCUUGAUAAGUAGUGCUGUUCCUAUUGUGGUUUUUAUAAAAUAAAGAGUUUCAAAACAA